GACAUUUUGUUAAAAUUAUAGAUAUGCACAUUUUUAGGCAAGCCCGGCUCACGAAUGUGAUUAAAUAAUUCUAUAUGUUUCUGCGCCCGCAGCAUUAUUUCCAUUUCAUCGAUUUAUUUCAUUUAAAUGCAGAAGCCAUCUGCAAUGGGGGCUCUCGAGGUGGCAAGGGGCGGUGGUUAACCCUUCCACAUUCGAAAAUCCCCUUGGGGUAUGGUCCAUAUUUGGGUUUGUCAAUGGAACUGUGGGAAUAAUGCGUGCAUUCAAUUGGAAAAUGUAUAAUUAUGUAAACAUCAUCCGUGGCUGGACUUGAAUUUUGGGAAAAAAAUGUUCAUAGUCUAUAUGGGGGCACUCUGCGUGGGUCAAACUGUGCAUCCCUCGUUGGACUGGAUGAUCCCAAAUGUUCCACAUAAAAUCCCUUGGCUCCCCUCAAUCGUGUGCCAGAUGGCACAGAGGAGGCAGUCGCAGGGAAGUAGCUACAAUCAAGGGUACGGGCAGCAAGCUGCUGCCAGUAAACCCUUCCUUUCGGGUGGUUUCCUGGACAGUAAUAAGUCAGUGCAACAGACUGUGCAACAAGCUGCAGGUACUCCAGGGAGACCCAAUACCCGUUCAGCGCAGAGGAAUCAGGAACAAACUUCGCCUCCGCAGCAACAGCAGGCUCCUUUUGUUGGAAAUAUAAUCCCAAUCCAGACUACCCCAUUGUUGCAGGAGCCCCCACAACCACCAGUACUACAGCCAGUACAACCAGAACCAAAAGCAGAUGCAACCUUUGCAGAAGAUGAUGUGAAAAUGGAAACAACUGGAGAUGAAGGAGAGUCAGUUGAUGGUGAGAAAGCAGCGCGACGACGCGCCUGGGGGAUUAUGAAGAAGAAGAUCACGAACAAGGAGAGACGCGUGCGCCAGAAUCGACGCCUGCGGAAGAUGCUCACGCCCAAGAAUGCCAUCACGGCGCUCCAUGAGCUUCAGGGAGCAACAGCGUUGGAGUUCCAGGUUGAAGGAGCUAAUAGCGAAUUCCGCGCUGAGGUUUGCAUCAACAAUACCAAGUACAUUGGUCAAGGACGCUCAAAAGUCCAAGCAAAGAAUAAUGCAGCCGAGAAGGCACUCCGAGACUUUGUGAUUGCUAAAAUGGCAGCAAAGGCACGUCGUGUAAAAGAGGAGAAAUCCAUUGAGGCUGGAGAGGCAGAGAUGAUGAAGGAUGGUGAAGAGCGUGAGGAGGGUGAUGAUGUACCGAUGCUCAAUCUUGUCUCAUUUGCCCUCCACAAGCUAUUCACAGAGUGGGAGGCCAAUGGAUUUCCCGUGCCGGAUUUCCGCAGUGGCCAGGAAGGUGGAGCCCAACCCAUGGUGGUGGACAAUGGUGCAGAACCCGUACGUACACUCCCAACACCGCGUGAGGAGUUACCCGCUAAUGCGGCAUCCACCCAUCCCACCAUGCUGCUCUCAAUCAUGAGUCCAGGUGUGCAAUUUCUUGACGUUGGCUCCGAGGGAAGGCCACCAAAUGUACAGCACACAGUGAGUGUGUGUCUCCAAGGGAAGAACUUUGUAGGCACUGGACGAACAAAGAAGGUUGCACGCAAAAAUGCUGCCAUGGAGGCAUGCAUGAGUGUCUAUGGCGUCAAAUUCAAUCCUGAUAUUGUGGAGUCAUCUUAAAAAGUCUCCGCAGUGAGGGAAUUUUACUUUUAAACGCAUUCAUAGAGAAAGUGAAGGAAGUUCACUCAAGGAGAUUGCUUCCUGUUUUGGAAUUUAUAUUAAUUUUGAAAUAGGUAUAUAUUUAAAAAGAAUUAAAAGAAAACGAUAAAUUAAAUUUUAUCGUAUGAAACUUCAAUAUGUAUUAUCUGUGUGAAAAAGUAUCAUAACGCAUCAUUUCAAUGAAAAGUAAAAAAAAAUAAACAAUUAAUCCUUCUAAA